AAAAUGGCCCCAAGUUUAGAUGAUGGCAGCUGCCUUUUUAACUUCGUCGUCCGAGAAGGAAAUGGAGUUAAAGGAAUGGUCGAUCUAGGCUUGUCAAAGGUGCCAGAACCUUACAUUCAACCACCGAAGGAGAGAAUAGACAAGAAAAAGGCAACCAGACAUGAGCAGGCACCGAUUGAUUUCUCAAGGCUAAAUGGACCUGACCAUGACCAAGUGGUCAAGGAAAUUGUUACAGCUGAUGAAACUCUUGGCUUCUUCCAACUUGUGAACCAUGGCGUGCCUGUUGAUUUGCUGGAGUCGCUCAAGGAUGCGGCGCAUAACUUCUUUGGUCAGCCAUCGGUAAAGAAGGCUGUUUAUCGCAAAGAAGUGAGUCCGAGCCCGUUAGUGAAGUAUGGGACGAGCUUUGUCCCAGAGAAGGAGAAAGCAUUGGAGUGGAAGGAUUAUAUUAGCAUGAUAUAUACCAAUGAUGCCGAAGCUCUUGAACAAUGGCCUGAAGAUUGCAGAGAAGUUGCACUUGAGUACUUGAAGACAUCAAUGAACAUGGUGAGGAAAUUGCUUGAAGUUUUGACGGAAAAUCUUGGAGUGCAACUGGAUGACUCAAAAAUUGAUGCACUCGUCGGCAUGAAAAUGGUUAAUAUGAAUUUUUAUCCGACAUGUCCUAAUCCAGACCUCACAGUUGGUGUUGGACGCCACUCUGAUAUGGGUACUCUUACAAUUUUACUUCAAGAUGGAAUUGGUGGUUUAUAUGUGAAAGUUACUGAAGAGAUUGAUGAUAUUGGAAAGAAAGGAGAGUGGGUAGAAAUACCACCUCUCCCUGGUGCUUUGGUCAUCAAUAUUGGUGAUACCUUACAGAUAUUAAGCAAUGGAAAGUACAAAAGUGCAGAGCAUAGAGUUCGUACCACAAGCACCAAAUCCAGAGUGUCAAUACCGAUAUUUACAACUCCAAAACCAAGUGCAAAAACUGCACCACUUCCUCAACUUGUAGAAAAAGGUGGGGUGGCUCGUUAUAGAGAGUUGGUAUUUGGAGACUAUAUGAAAAACUUCUUUGCAAAUGCACAUGAUGGCAAGAAAUCCCUUGACUUCGCACAAAUUAACUCUGCUUGA